CUUUAAGUGCCUGCUGUAGUGCCGGCCGUCCAGGCGCUCAGUCUCCGCAGGCACUCGUGUGCGAGGACAGGAGGAAGGGCCCUGGCACCAUGCGACCGUGAUGCAGCACGCGGCCGGGGCGGGGCGCGCAGCGCUAUGAUGGCCCUCGGCGGCUUCCGUCGGCUCGUGGCGGCGCCGGUGCGGAGCGGCGGCGGGGGCAUGCCCCGAAAGGGAAAAGGAGCCGGGAAGGGGCCUGCGGAACCCGGCGCCGCCGCGGGACCGGGGGUGGUGUCAGCGGGCGACGGCUGCGUGAGGGUGGCGGUUCGCGCCAAGCCCGGCGCCCGGUGCAGCGCUGUCACAGAUGUGACAGCUGAGGCAGUAGGUGUGGCUAUUGCUGCACCUCCAUCAGAAGGGGAGGCAAAUGCAGAGCUGUGUCGCUACCUCUCUAAGGUGCUAGAAGUGAAGAAGAGUGAAGUUGUUUUAGAGAAGGGUGGGAAAUCACGUGAAAAAGUGGUGAAGAUUUUGGGAUCGAUGACACCAGAUGAGAUUUUAGAAAAACUGAAAAAAGAAGCUUCCAGUUGACCUAAAACAGAAUGGGAAAUGAGACAAUGCAUCUUGGUAAAUGGAUAUUCAUUCUCAUGUAAAUCUAGUCCUAUUGAGAAACAUGGUAAUAACAAAGGAAAGAUGCCUCUCCCCCCCCCCCCCCCACCUUCUUAAUGUAUCUGCUGUACAGUUGAAGUUUAUUUGUGUAGAUUUGGUUAGAAAAGCUUGUCUUUACUUUUUUUAUUCCUCUCUGGAGAGUGUCCUGUUGGUAAGAUUUGUCCUCUUUCCUGAUCCCUCAAGAAAUGCUUUAGAAAACUUGCUUCUGAGUGAAACAAACUUUGGUUGACAAAGUGAAAGGCUUGGAAUGACAGGCUUCAAUGUGAAAAGUGGUACAAAAGGGUGAGCCUGGAUGGUAAAGACCCUAGAAGGAUGUUCUUUUGUUUGUCUUAUUCACAAGUACUGGAUGCAGUUUUUGCACUGUGUGCACAUAAGUGCAUCUAAAAAGUAUUUGAAGCCAGUAUGCUGUUGUUGAUUACACAGGACAGCUGAAACCAUAUCAACAAACCCAGAAGUUUGCAAUGUGAAAAACCUGACCCAGAACCUCGUAAUUGCAUCCAUGGUGUCAUUUUGUAAUAGUCUGUAAUUAGUUUCCUGAAAAGCAGAGAGAGAACCAUGUGUCUUUACCAAAUCUAUGUCAAGUGUAAUGACUGUUUUUAAUAAAAGGGGCAA